CUUGUGGAUGUUUUUGAUGGGACUGCAUUUAAGGACCAUGCAUUUUUUCAGGGGUGUAGAUCAAAAAUUUGUAUUCAACUCUAUUCAGAUGAAUUCGAAGUGUGUGACACACUUGCAAGUAAACGGGGAAAGCAUAAAAUGAUUGCUGUGUAUUAUUCCGUGCUGAAUGCUCCCACAGCAUUAAACUCUCGUCUUUCGCAAAUUCAUUUAGCUUUGCUUGUAAAUGAAAAACUUGCACUUAAACAUGGUCUAGACAAGGUGUUUGAGCCAUUGAUUGAGGACAUUUUGUACUUGGAGAGUACAGGAAUUGUGGUGCACGGAGAAACAGUCAAGGGAUCUGUGUUGUUUUUAACAGGCGAUAAUCUUUCUUGUCAUCGCAUUGGGUGCUUUAAAUGCAGCUUUAGUCACGGCCGCAUCUGUAGGUACUCUCUUGCUUUGCGUCAUGAAAUCUCUGCUAAACACUCGGCUACCGAUUUUAUUAGACGCACUCCCGAAGGCCAGAUGUACCACCUCAGAAUGAAGAUUAAUGGUGUGUCCACACUCUCAUUGUAUGGGGUGAAGGAGGCAUGUCCUCUCACAUUUACUGGCUUUCAGCCAACUGAGCACCUGCCUCCUGACGUCAUGCAUGACAUUCAUGGGGGAGUUCUUCCUUUUGUUUUAAAACAUGUGCUUUGUUCUUUAAUCAUAUCGGGCGUGGUUUCAUUGAGCGAUCUGAAUGCUGCUGUUUCAGAGCAUUCCUAUGCUCCUUGUGACAGAAAAAACAAACCCGAGAUCAUUUCGAUGGAUUAUAUCAGGGGGAAAGCAAACAUGAAAGGCAACGCAUCUCAGAUCUGUUUCUUCAGGCAUCUUGCCCUAUAUGUGGGAGGGUGUGUUCCAUGCGGACACGACGUGUGGAAACUGUACCUUUCUGUCGUAGCGCGAGCGUUCUUAUCUAGUCGAUAA